CUGCUAGGAUCUGCAGGCUCUGGUAUGUCCUCUGGUUGGCACAAUCAGACUGGUGCACAGGUGUGUGGCAGCUAAGAAGUCACUUCAGCCCUCUGUACAACAUUAACUCAAAGCUUUCUUGGUGGCCAAGGUGGAACCUCAUGGACAUCACCACCUGGAUGUCCAACCACACAGGGUGGGCAGAUUUCAUCCUGGUGGGACUCUUCAGGCAAUCCCAACACCCAGCUCUGCUUUGUGUGGUCAUUUUUCUGAUUUUCCUGAUGGCCUUGUCUGGAAAUGCUGUCCUGAUCAUCCUGAUACACUCGAGUGCCAAACUCCACACCCCCAUGUACUUCUUCAUCAGCCAGCUGUCCCUCAUGGACAUGAUGUACAUUUCCAUCACUGUGCCAAAGAUGCUUCUGGACCAGGUGCUGGAUGUGAGUACCAUCUCAAUCCCAGAAUGUGGGAUGCAAAUGUUCCUCUACUUGACACUUGGUGGUUCAGAAUAUUUCCUUCUGGCAGCCAUGGCCUAUGACCGCUACAUGGUCAUCUGCCAUCCGCUCCAUUAUCCUAUGCUCAUGAACCACAGGGUGUGUCUUCUUCUGGCAUCUGGCCGCUGGUUCCUGGGAUCAGUGGAUGGCUUUAUGCUGACACCUGUCACCAUGACCUUCCCAUUCUGCAGAUCCCAGAAGAUCCAGCACUUCUUCUGUGAAGUCCCUGCUGUGAUGAAGCUCUCCUGCUCAGACACCUUGCUCUAUGAUACACUCAUGUACCUGUGCUGUGUCCUCAUGCUCCUCAUCCCUGUGACAGUCAUUUCAGGCUCCUAUUCCUGCAUCCUCCUCACCAUCCACAGGAUGAACUCAGCAGAGGGCAGGAGGAAGGCCCUGGCCACCUGCUCCUCACACAUGAUGGUGGUCACACUCUUCUAUGGUGCUGCCGUCUACACCUACAUGCUCCCCAGCUCAUACCACACCCCUCAGAAGGACAUGGUGGUGUCUGUGUUUUACACCAUUCUCACCCCUGUACUGAACCCCUUAAUCUACAGUUUCAGGAACAAGGAUGUCACUGGGGCUCUGAGGAAAAUGUUGAGUGUGGGACCUGUCUUUCAGGAAACAGUAAAGUAGGGGAUUUGGGUUCCAUGGU